AUGAAACCAUACUGGAAUACGGGUCAUCAUCAGUCUCCGCGUCGUGACCACGACGAUAUCGAGGGAGGAGACCGCCUCGGCCGCCAUCACUUUUCGCAGCAGGACGAGAAUCAGCAGAGCCAGACGAUGUGGUAUAACGGAGACGAGUUUGGCAUCGAACUUGGGACGGUUGAGUCUCCUUCGUCUGACACAGAUGCCACCGAGGAUGAGGUAUUGGAUGAUGCUCCUCCUGAAAUACUCGCUACGCUAGAUGCCGUACCCGAUUUCGGCAGCAAUGUCGGGUUCCUGGAGGACAGCCUCGACAACAUCAUGAACACGCGAGACACCGCACCUCGAGGCUAUACGGUGCAGGCAUGGCUGCGCCAACGCCAAAGAGAGGCGGGACAGGCAACGGCCUACGAUCAGUGGGUGGAAGAGCAUCAUGGUCUCCGAGUGAAGGACUUUUCGCUCUGGGAGGAAAGCCAGAGGCGCCUCCUCGAGGAACUCGAGGCAGGACUUUACAGCAAGUACUGCGAGGUGGAGAGGGUCAUGGCCGAAGUCCAGCGCGAGUCCGAGAUCCAGGAGAAGCAGCAGCAGCAGGCCCAGCAUUCCGAGCCGUUAAGACAACCAGAACACAUACCUCAACCCGCCGAACCAACGGAACCGACCCACAUCGAGAAACUCUCGGCCCUUCUCUCGCGCACGACCAGCCUCAUGGACGCCCUCUCCAACGCCAAAGAACUCACCAUCCAGCAAGAGCUGCGAUCAGCCCUCGACGAGUGCCGCCAAUCACGCACCCUCGAGAUCAAGACCUUCUUUGCGACUCUUCUCACAACCAUCGACAGCGCCGCUGCCAAGGUCGAAACAUUCCUCCGACAAGCCCACAACCGCGAGCAAACCAGAGGGUGCCUCCAGUGGCUCGCGAGCGUCGAGACCGAGUUUUGCGCGGCGUGGGAGUGCGUCGUCGAGGCGUAUCACGAGGUGUGGCAAUUGGAGAGGGCUCUGGCCUUUCGGAUGAUGGAGCAGGAGCGCGCCGCAAGGAAUGACUGGGAGAAGUAUCUGGUGGCGUUGGCGUGGUUUGGGGAGCGGGUGACGGAGUUUGGGGAGGGAAGUUGGUGA